UGUAUGCAGCUCAGCUGGCAGCGAUGCAGGUGUCUCCAGGGGCCAAACACAGCAGUAUGUCCCAGACCAACCUGAACACCCACUCUCCCACCAACACACACCAAGAGAAGAGCCGCAGCACCCCGCCGCCCAAACCCAAGGACGAGGGUGCUCAGCCCCUGAACCUGUCGUCCAAGCCUAAGACAGCAAGCGAGAGCAAGUCACCCACCUCCCCCGCUUCCCCACAGGUCCCCACCAUGAAGCUGGGCCACCAUAGCACCGGAUCCAUGAAACACAGCACAGCCCCCUCCAGCAUCGGAGGACCACCGUCCAGGGUCAGCUCCAUAGACCUGCUGUCAUCUCUGUCCUCCGGGGGUUAUCUGAACGACCAUGAGGCUGUGACCAAGGCCUUCGCUGAGGCCAGGCAGAUGAAGGAGCAGCUGAAGAGAGAACAGCAGGUGUUGGACGCCAAGGUGGCCGCCGUCAACAACCUCAGCCUCAACAACGGGCGCUCCGACAAGGACAAGGCAGCCCUGGAGAGUCUGAGCCACCAGCUGAAGCAGCAGUCAGAGGACAGAGAGAAGUUCAACCACGCCAUGAUGGACUUCACCAUGAGUGGAGACUCAGAUGGCAGCCCCAGUGUGUCUGAUUCCAGGAUGUUCCGUGAGGCCCGGGGCCGAGGCAACAGCGAACCGCACAUUAAACGACCCAUGAAUGCUUUCAUGGUCUGGGCAAAGGAUGAGAGGAGGAAGAUUCUCCAGGCUUUCCCCGACAUGCACAACUCCAACAUCAGCAAAAUCCUCGGUUCUCGUUGGAAGUCCAUGACUAACCUGGAGAAGCAGCCGUACUACGAGGAGCAGGCCAGGCUGAGCAAGCAGCACCUGGAGAAGUACCCGGACUACAAGUACAAACCCCGGCCCAAACGAACCUGUCUGGUGGACGGGAAGAAGCUGAGGAUUGGAGAGUACAAGGCCAUUAUGAGGAACCGCCGGCAGGAGAUGAGACAGUACUUCACUGUGGGACAACAGGCCCAGCUGCCCUUGUCCUCGGCGGGCGUGGUGUACCCAGGUGCCCUCUCCAUGGCAGGCUUGCCCUCCCCCCAGAUGCCCUCGGAGCACUCCUCACUGUCCAGCAGCCCCGAGCACGCCGCCCCACCCCUCCAGACCCCCUACCACCCCAGCCUCAAGGGAGACAAGACCCGAGUCAAACAGGAGGAGCUGCGAUUGGACGACAGCAAUGGUGAUGCGUACGACGACUUUGAUUAUGAGGACGAGGAGGGAGAUUAUGGAAGCGAUAACGACAACCACCAAUAAUCUGGACGCAGAGCCAAUCAGAAUCAGUUACCCAGCUUCUUGCUGGAAACAACCCUGUCCGUCCAUCAAUCCUGAGAGACUAUCCGUCCCUUAUAUCCAAUCACAUCCAAUGUCACAAACCUCGCCCCUCCUUUACCCCUUAACCAACAAGGACUCUGGGACCUCAGAGCCAAGCCCCUCCCAUUGGAAUCCCGAUACCAGCAACCGACCAAUCAAAUCAAGCACAGGACCUGUCACUCACACUGACUGUUACACAGACUGGAGUCUAGGAGGAGACGAGCUGAUUGCCGUGACUUCUGCUGAGUACUACACAGUACUACAGCGUACUAACAAAGUACUACAAGGUAUACUAGAGUAUUACUGCUGUGUAUGCCAUAGAGGCAAGAUGAGAUAUACAUUAUGUCAUGAGUAAGCUACUAUAUGAGGAGAAAACACCGAAAAACAACCUUUUAGACCAGUUUGACUUCAAAGAGACAUUUUUUUAAAACAGCAGGCCUGUCAGUUGAUUAAAGAGACACUUUAAAAUGGCCGACCUGUUUGUUUAUAAAAGAGACACUUUUAAAACAGCUUUUUUUUUUCUUGGUUCUAUGAUGUUCUCACUCAGGUACACGGUGCCAACAAGUGGCUUGUGAAUGUGAUUUGUUGUUUUUGUGCUACAGUUUUAAUAAUAGAUACAAAAUAGAAAUGUUUCCCUUUUCAUUGUAAAGCACCUGACAGAAGUCAAAGCAAAACUUUUAUUUAGAAUUCUUCUUCUUUCUUCAACUCUACAAUGUACUGUCAGCAGAUAUCCUCCCUCUGUGUGUGUGUGUGACUCCCCUUAUGAGAGUAGAAAUGGGACAGUCCAGUCAGGGCCACCGCCAUGUGUUGGACAUUGAGGACUGGCUCACUUCAGGGGACUGUGGGGGGGACCUCAGUCUCUCAUCAUGGGCCGGCUUGGACAGUACUGUGUGAUGAGACAAUCUCCCACCAACCCUCUUCUCUCCUUUUACACUCUCGUUCUUUUACCUUUUCUUUGGCUUUCCUUUAUUCUGAUCAUGAGGACUUUGGGUCUUUGGAAGGUACAAAGAAAGGUUUAUUUUAGAUAUGAAACACCCCCUUGUAUGUGUGUGAGAGUGUGUGUCAGCAAGCUCGCUGUGUGUGUGUGUGUUUAGUCUGUGAGCUGGUUUAGUCAUCACUAGGCACUAGAUCCCAGAACUCUGUCCCUUUCCAAGACAAACAGAAAUACUGGAGUUUCCCCUGUGAGCCCCCAGAACUUCAGUAUCCUGGUGUACAGAGACAGAGAAAGCCCUAUGGCUCUCUUGUACACUCACACACACACACACACACACACAUCCCCAAGCCCCAGUUCCCCAAUCGAAACCGCAUAACAACUCUACUCCGCUGCCAACUGAUCCAGCCAGCACCACAAGCCAACAGCUCUUACCCACAACCCAAACCCUCUCAUAAUACUCCCAACUGAUAUCACAGAAAGUUGGUGUGUAUUUUGUUCUAGAAGUUUGGUGUGUUCUUGCGGGCUUCUACUGGUAGUUUUGAGUAUCUGCUGUCUGUCCCCGUUCUGUCCCUCUCUCUGAGAGUUCCCCUCUAUGUCCCCCUGUGUCUUACUCUGUCCCCGUCCGUGUCCCCAAAACACGUCAUUCUGCUGUUCUUAUUGGGAGGAGCUGAUCGUUAUAUCAGCACGUCAGUGUUUCCUUUGUAUUUGAAUACUGUAUUUUAUUAUUUUUAUUCAAACUGCCUCUAGUGUAAUAAUAUUAUUAACAAUAAUUAUAAUGAUGGUCAGCGUUUCUUUAAGUUUUAGUAAGUUAUGUACAGUAUAAUUUAUUUUGGCCUCUAUUGGGUUUAUCAUGACCAAUAUGAAACUUCUUCGGUCAAUGAAGCAUUAUUAUAUUUAGCUGGUUUAGAGUAUUUACAUCUAAUGUUGUCAUUUUACUUUUUACUUUAUUUGUAAUUUUGCAUUUUUUGGUUUCUGUUUUUAUUUGUUCUGUUUGUUUAGUAUUAAUCCUAUAUGGAAGCUGUGUGAGGAGGUGGAGCGACACGGACGGCAGCCAACGAACGGCUGUCGCUCUUCGUGAAGGAGACUGGACUUUCUAUUCACUAACUCUCUCCCCAUCUGCGUCCCUCAACUUGACAACUUAACCCUUUUAUGUCCAAACCCAUUUCUAAAAGCACUCGGACUCUGUGUGGUCAGAGAAAAGAAGGUGAUUUUUUUUCUUCGUAAUGGUUAAUGUAUAAUGUGAAGUUUCUACUUUCUUUCUUUUUAUGAAGAUAAAAGAAAACGGUUAUAUUAUUCUAUUCUAUUCUGUUUUCUCUGAACAAAAGGAGCGAGACUCCCGUUUACUAGGGUUGCUAUUUUCACUGAGAUGCCAUGGAACAUUGUUGAGGCUGGCUGACACAGAGACACACAGACACAGCAGACACACACAAAUUAUUAGCAGACACAGUUGUGCAAAUGUCAUUUUUUUAAAUCAAAUUAGGACAUGAUCAGAACACACACACACACACACACACACACACACACACACACACACCGCACAUUUGUGACCCAUAGGAAAAUCAGUGUUUACUUUGCCUAUCCAACAAUGUUCUACAGCAUAACCUGACAUUUAGUAAGAUGACCUGCCAUAUCUAUGUGACUCCAGAACUCUGGGGACUUUACUUUGUUUUAGCUCCACACUAUGACCUAGCCAUUAGCCAUGUCCGCUCACUCUACAGGUGUGCUGCCAGAUAGUGACCCAGCCCAGUCAUGCUUGCUGUAGAUGUUUACUCUUACACAAUCAAUCACAACCAUGCCUAUUGCCAGAUAGUGAGCCUCACAGUCAAUCAUACGUGGCCAUAUAGACAACCUCACAAUCAGGCCACGGUGAGACCUAAUGCUAAGAAAGGUUGUCCUGUAUUCUGGCUGGAAGCUGUAGGUUAGAUAAGUAGGCUAGACAGUGUGGGGAAAAGGGGGGGGGGGUUUGUCCGGACCAGGACAAACAUUGGGCUCUAGUUAUACUAAUGAAUAGAGUCCAACGUUUUUCACGAGCAGGUUGACAGGAUGAUAGGCCCUAGUGAUGUUGGGUGACACAGCGACGAUGAUGACCAUGAUCCUGAUGAAGAUGAUGAGAAUAAUAAUGAAGACAAUCAAACGUCACGAGUGGGGCUCAAAACAAAGUCAGAGUUAGUCAAAAAAGAAACACGUAUCUAACCAACUUGACAAAUGGAGAAAGAUAAUUAUGUACAUAUAACAUAGAGUUAUAGAUUUAUAUUUUGUUCAUAACACAGUGUAAUAUAAGUUGUAUAUUUCUUUUUCUCUUUUAUUGAUGUUAUUCAUGCUACAAUAAAAGCAGGAGUUGAUGUACUCUUACAACAAAAAGAAGAAAAAUGACAAAUAAACAAAGGAAACAAAAAAAGAGAGGCCGUGGGCUUGCCAUGCACCGUCUGUUCUGAGUUCCCUUUUUUCAGUAUUAUUGCCAGUCAAGGCUUUAAUAAAAACAGCGAUGUGUUCUGUAAUG